AGGUUCUUCAUUUGGUGGAAUUUACAGUAUUAAAUUGCAAAUUGUAUUGGGAAUGGUUCUUUUUGUCCCCUUUAUUAUAUUUGCAUGAUCUAAGGAGUUGGCAGGCUUGAUAUUUGUGUUCUGAUAAAUAAUAACAGAUGUAGAUUCCAAAGCAAGAUAAUUUAAUCUAUAAGUCAAUGGAUGAUGCAAUUGCUUAACCAAAAUUUCCAUUAUUAUUCUGAAGUUCUUCAAAAAAGAUUCACUAAAUUAGAGGGUUCUGGUAUUUGCUUCACCUGUACUUCUGGUAGAUAACCAUGUGCAACUGCCUUCGAAUUCAAGAACUGAAACUGAAUGCCCUUACGGCACUCAAAGAAUCCUUAUUCAUUUAGUCAUUAGAUUUGAUCUGAUAUUUUUACUGGUUCCAAUUCAAUUUAUUGCAGUCAUAUUUUGAAUCUAUUAUAUACCUGUUGCUUGAUUUACUUUUUUUAUCUCAUAAUUGGAAAUUUGAUGGCUAAGGAUCAUGUUUUUCUCUCUAGUUUUCGUUGUUUCUGCUUUAUCAUUGCACUCUUAUCUGCAUUUUCAUUCGUUUCAUUUCUUUUUUGGUUCCAAUAUUCUGUUCCUUGCUAUUCAAUGAGCCGAGUGAUACCGCAAAAUCAAAACCAACCCAUUGAUCUCCUUUCUUUUCCUUCUGCUUGGAAUCAUCUUUCUUUUCCCCAGGGUCCACCUCCAAAGCUCCUUAAGAUUGCACUUUUUGUAAAGAAAUGGCCUGAUAGGUCUCAUGCUGGAGGGCUCGAACGACACGCCUUGACUCUUCAUCUUGCUCUUGCCAAAAGAGGGCAUGAGCUUCAUGUUUUCACCACUUCUCCUCCCAACUCUUCCUUCCCAAGGUACUCUAUCAGCAAUUUAUAUUUCCACCUUUCAAAACCAACAGCUGCUGGUUAUCUUGACCAGGCUUUAGUCUGGAAGCUUUUUCAAACUCAAAAUUUAACUGGAAGACCAUUUGAUGUGGUCCACACUGAAAGUGUUGGACUCUGGCAUGGUCGGUCUCGGAACCUGACCAACUUAGCUGUUAGUUGGCAUGGCAUUGCAUAUGAAACCAUUCAUACUGAUAUCAUUCAAGAAAUUUUACGAAAUCCUGAAGAACAACCAGCAUAUGCAUUGACUGAAAGAGUUGCCAAGGUUGUCGAAGAGGUGAAGUUUUUUCCCAGUUAUGCUCACCAUGUUGCCACAAGUGAUCAUGCUGGAGAUGUCCUGAAAAGGAUUUAUAUGAUCCCAGAAGAACGAGUUCAUGUUAUUCUGAACGGCGUGGAUGAGGAGAUAUUCAAGCCAGAUGCUUCAAAGGGCCAGGAAUUUAAGCAGAAGUUCGGUGUCUCAGAGAGCAGAUCAUUAGUUUUGGGCAUGGCAGGGAGAUUGGUGAAGGAUAAAGGGCACCCCUUAAUGUUUGAAGCAUUGAAGCAGAUGCACAUGGAAAAUGAUAAAUUUCGUGAGAGCACAGUCAUUCUGGUUGCUGGUGAUGGUCCUUGGGGUUCUAGAUAUAGAGAACUUGGGUCUAAUGCACUUGUUCUGGGGCCACUGGAUCAAGCUCAGCUGGCAAGGUUCUACAACGCAAUAGACAUUUUUGUGAACCCAACUCUUCGUGCUCAGGGAUUAGAUCAUACUUUGUUAGAAGCAAUGCUUAGUGGCAAGCCUGUGAUUGCCACAAGGGUAGCCAGCAUCACGGGAUCUGUGGUUGUUAGUGAAGAAAUGGGUUAUGUCUUUUCUCCAACAGUAGAAUCGUUGAAGAAUGCUCUCUAUAGAGUUUUGGAACAUGGCAGAGGAGUUCUAGAAAAGAAAGGCCAGGUUGCUAGGCACAAAGGGCUGCAGUUGUUCACUGCUACCAAAAUGGCAGCUGCUUAUGAAAGGCUUUUCCUCUGCAUAUCAAAAGAUGAGAACAGAAAGGAAGAUUACUGUCAAUUCUGACCUGCAUUCAAUUGAAACCGUAGCAUCAUCACUUCUUUCAGUUUUGAAGGAGCUGCACUAAAAAGUUUAUGGGAUUUUGUAAUUUCCGUUCGAAUUCUCCUGUCUGUAUCACCUAGUGUUCAGGUUGAAGCUCGAAGAAAGUGGGACAGAAACAUUCAAAAAGAAUAUUGCACUCUUCCUUUACAGAUAUGCAAUAGCUCUGAAGCCUACCCAGAAGCAGCUGUGACCAUUCUUGAGCACUGAGAACUCAUUUGUGCCAAUCAGUCGAAUCAUAGAUUCACAGGCAACAAUUUGCCUAAAGCUGGGACAAUGUUUAAAACUACUGGCUUUGGACAAGGUACUCAUGCUUACCAGCUACUUUCGUACACAGAUUUAACCGAAACAGCUAGAUAGAUGAAUUGCCAUUUGCGAUUGUAUGCUUUUCCUAGAAAACAUUAUUAGUAAUUUUAGCACUGGUUAUAGUUCCA